GCGCCUCAGCCCGCCCUGAGGCGGCGGGGACGGGGCCGCUCUGUCGCGACAUGGGGGACGAUUUGGCGUCAGAAGGCGACACCCUGCUUCAGUCAGAGAAGGAGUUCCAUGAUGCAGCGAAGCGAAAUGAUACAACCAGGAUGGAGGAACUCAUCAGGAGAGGAGUUGACAUCAAAGCCAAAAACAAUACAGACCGGACUGCCCUGCACUGGGCUGCAGGAGCAGGGAGCGUGGAUGCUGUGCGACUGCUCCUGGAUCACGAUGUCCCUGUGGAUGAUGAAGACAGUGUACAGAGGCGACUCUCCCUUGCAUGUGCUGCAGAUGUGUUCGUUUGGAAUGAAUGCUCUUCUCCUGUCUGCCUGGUUUGGCCACCUCCGAGUCCUGCAGAUCCUUGUCAAUGCUGGGGCCAAGAUUAACCGUGUCAAUAGGAAUGGCAGGAGUGUGCUUCACUGUGCAGCUCAGAGGGGACACAUCCAGGUGAUAGAGUUCAUCAUGGAGAACUUGGAGGACGUGUGUGUGGAUGAGACAGACAAGAUGGACAGGACAGCGUUUCACCUGGCCGCAGAGUACGGGCAGCUGGACGUGGUGGAGUUCCUCAUUCGACUGGGUUGUUCUCACAGUGCCAAAGACAAGGAAGAAAAUACAGCAUUGCAUUUAGCUGCUAAAAAUGGACAUCUCUCUGUGCUGGAGAAGAUUAUAGAUGUCAAAGUGGACCUUGAUGAAAAAAACUCAGAAGGACUCACAGCUCUGCACCUGGCUGCUGAAGGGGGACACAGCCACUGUGUGAAGCUGCUUGUGGAAGCAGGUGCUGAUGUCAAUGCCCAAACCCAGAAAAAGAUGAACUGCCUUCAUUAUGCAGCACUGCAUGGCUAUGAGGAGAUAGCCAGGAUCCUUAUGGAUGCAGGAAUCCACACGGAUGCUCUCAAUCAUCAAAAUGCAUCAGCAACACACAUCGCAGUCCUGCAGAACUUCCCAGCCAUGGUGAAGCUCUUCAUCAGUGCAGAGUGUGACCUUGACAUUCCAGAUAAUAGGCAGCAGACCUCACUCCACAUCGCUGCAGAGCACGGCAGGCAGGACAUUGCUGAGAUGAUUCUCAUUGCAGGAGUUAAUCUGAAGCUAACUGACAAGCAAGGGAAAACAUCUCUGGAUGUUGCUGCCCGAGGCAAUCACAUCAUCUUGGUGGACAUGAUUAUCAAAGCUGAUCGGUUUUACAAAUGGGAGAAGGACAGCCUGAACAGCGGCUCCGGCUCAUGGGUGGCAAAGCACUUGACCUUUAAGCAGGAUCACAGGCUGGAAACACAGCACAUUCGCUCAGUCAUGUGGAGAUUAGCCACUAAGUACCUCAAACCCGGGGAAUGGAAGAAGCUGGCACAUUACUGGAAAUUCACAGAUGACCAUAUUAGGGCCAUUGAGCAACAGUGGACAGGCACUAAAAGCUACAGGGAACACGGCCACAGAAUGUUGCUGAUCUGGCUCCAUGGUGUGAUCACUGCAGGAGAAAAUCCAAUCAAGGGACUGUACGAAGGCCUGGUGGGGAUUGGGAGAAGAGAUUUAGCAGCAGAUCGUUCUCUCUUACAGAAAGUAUCCGGAAAAAAGCAAAUGCAGACUCCACCUCUCCACGGAAGUGCACAGCAAUGUAACACCAGGAGCAUCCUCAGCUGGUCUUAGAGCUACAGGAGGAACACUUCUCUGCUGCUGAGAAGGCAGAUGCAACCUAAGGGCUUCUUGACACAAACUGCUGGCACUGCUGCAUCCUUUUGGACAGGGAUUGACAAGGGUAAAACAAAUGCUCAUGGUCAAAAAUGCCCCUACACAGAAGGGAGAUUUUUAUCAGCAAUUUCAAAUGGUCUGGGUACUGUAAUGAGUUUGGUGAGUGAGCCUUACUUGUCAUACUGCAUCAGGAAAUAUUACAGUUUUACUGUAACUUAUCUACAGCACAUUUUUAUAUAUAAAUUUUCAAUUGUCAAGUUUUUAAAUUAAUGAGGGCAAAGGCUGUUUUCAGGAAUGUUCUUUACUUCACUUAUUUGUGAGGGACUUAUUUCUUAGGCAUGUCCAUACAUUUCCACCAUAAGAGAACUUAAGCAAAAUCAAAGCUACUCUUUGGUCUUUUGGAACCUGAGGGGGUUGUGAUCUUUAAUGCUUUGACUCUUCACAAAAUGUUUGAGAAUAUUAACAUAUGCUGUUUAUGAAUGUACAUUAACAUAUACUGUUUAUAAAUCAAAUAGGUGACUAACCUUUCCAAAACAUCUUUUCAUUGGUCAUGUAAUCCUUCAUAUUUAUUUUUUACAGCAUCUCAAGGGGAAAAUAAUGUCUGUAUUUCAAUAAAUCUAGAUUUUACCCUUU